AUAAACGAAUACGUCAGCUGCCGUAAACAAUUAUGUUUGAUGAGGGUUUCAUCGUCCAUGUUUUCCAUCGGCGGGUCCCUCUACUCUCUGCUGAUCAUCUCCAUAGAUCGAUACCUCGCCAUAAUAUGUCCUUUGAAAUACAAAAAAUGGGUCACUGCUGAAAGAGCGUAUAAAAUUGUCUUCUUCAUAUGGUUCUUUAUCUUCUUUAGAGCAGCCAUUCCGGCAAUGGGAUGGAACGUAUAUAAUUCUAAACUACCGAUAGAAAAACGUUGCUCCUUAACAUAUGUUUAUGAUCCAUACUAUUAUAGUUUUGUUAUCAAUUGGCCUGGUCGGAUUGUGUUUACUAUUUCUCUCUUCAUAAACAUCCACAUUGCUUUGAUCGUCCGUAAACAGAUCAGAUCAUUCCAAAGCGAAAGAUCCGUCUGGACCUCGGAACAAAUUAAAAAUUUCGAUGCGCGGAUCAGUUCAGUGAAAAUCACAUUGAUUCUCACGGCCUUGUUUCUAGUACUUUGGUUUCCUCUAUAUGUUUAUACUACUCUUAGGAACAACAAUAUGUUAGGCCCACGAGCAACAGCUAUUAUGCGAACCUUCAUGAGCCUUUGCUUAACGGCGAACUCGAUGGUCAAUGCCCCGAUAUACGCUGCAAUCCGGAGUGAAUACCGCGAUGUUUACAAGACAAUGCUAACAGCGUGGCCUUGGCAUUGGCGAAAAGAAUUACGGGGCUUGCACCGUGUAAGAAACACCAGUCACCUCUCGUCGUAUAAAAGUGAAAUGAGCACAGCUAAAUCUGUGGAGUCUGGUCCAGAGGAGAAGUUCGAAGAAGAAAUUCAUGAUGAUAAGGUAUCUGUCGUAUCUAAGCAGGAGACUGUAGUAUCUGACGGACGUCAGGAUUCCAAAGAUUCAAAUGUCGAUACAGGACGGGAUUCUAUCUUUAACAAGCCGGAGACGUUACCUCUAGGAUCUUCUUUGGACCCGGCCAGAUCCCUAGAUCAACAUUCAAAGGCCAAGUCCUUUAGUGGCUCGGAGAGAAGUGGGGUAGAGGAAGUUAGGUCUGUUUCAACAGUACUUGAAAAGUUAGACCCUCGCUAGAAUGUCUCUGUAAGUGAGGGAUCAACAUUCAAAGGCCAAGUCCUUUAGUGGCCAGGAGAGAA